UUGUACUAUUUUCAGAAGAUUCCCUACAUCAGGGUAAGCAGUGACAUGUUUUAGUUUGGAAAACUUAGAUAUGGAAAGAAAUCCGGGGGACCAGGAGCCACCCUCUUCCCCCCACGAGCCUUUCGGAUCCGCGCGGAGGCUGCGAUGCCUUGUUCGCUGCGGGCCUUCCCGGCCCCGCCAAAAAUGCUGAAGCUGUUCGUGUGGUCUUCGAGCCGAAAGCUGGUCACAGGGGAAAAACAAAUAGUUGGUCUGAGGAUCUCCAAGAAGAGAGUUUCACUGGGGCUUGACUAAUAUUUGAGAGAUCGGCCCCACCGCGGCGCUUGGCAUCCCGGUUUGGGGACCUCUGCUGUUUCCAGGAAUUUUUUUUUCAGGGGCCGGAGCCCCGAGGCCGAGGACCGCGGUCUGGACGCAGCCUCCUCUCCCCCGCUGUGCGCGCCCCCCUGGAAAGGCGGGAUUUAAAGGCGAUGCUGAGCGAGGCUCCGCAGUGUCAACGAGCCUCCCAGCGCUCCCGCCUCAUUCGCCCUAGUGUGUGCGCUUCGCAAGUCCCUGCCUGGUGAACCGUCUCCAGCUCCGGCGCUCUGCAGCGGCGCCGGCGCGUCCAAGCCCGGGGUCCUCGGCCAGGCCGGCGCGCCCCGCGGGCCCAGGCACACGCCCCUCACCUGGGUGAGGCGGGGUGCGCAGGCGCUCAGCGCUGGGGCCGCGGCCGGCAGCCUCAGCCCCGCGCCCGCCAAACUCGGACAGUUCCGGGGCCGCCGCCGCUGCCGGCGCCCGGGGUGCAGCAGAUCGCGGGGGAGCGUCUGCGCGGAGCUCAGCACAGCCCCGGCGGGACCGCCGCAGCCGCCGGAGCGCGAGCAACAGCUUCCCGGCUGGAGGAGCCACUGCCCCACGCGCCAACGCCCCGCGCGCCGAGAUGUUCUGCAUUUCAACCUUGUCAAAGAUUAAGUUGAUGUUUAUCAGCUAAUCUGGAAACCAAAAUACAAGUUGUUGCACAACAUCUACGAGAAAAUAUGUUCCAGUCCCCACCGGCUGACUUCUAAAGGGACUUCUGGAACACCACCUCCUGUAUGAAGUACUCCUUCAGCCCUGACAGCUACCCUGAAGAUGGAAUUAUGAAUAUGGCAACUUUUCUACGGGGCUUUGAAGAAAAGGGGAUAAGGAAUGAAAGAGCUGAGGAUCAGUUCAGCAAAGAGAAAAAGAAAAUUCUGUUCUCCUUCUGUGAGGUGUGCAACAUCCAGCUAAACUCUGCAGGUCAGGCUCAGGUGCAUUACAAUGGCAAAUCCCACCGCAAACGAGUCAAGCAGCUGAGUGAUGGGCAGCCCCCGCCACCUGCUCAGGCCUCCGGGCAGCUGCUGGCCGGCCCCGGCACCAACACCAGUGCAGGCAGUACAUGCCACACUACUACUCUUCCUGCUCUUGUGCGCACACCUACCCUGAUGAUGCAGCCUUCACUGGAUAUCAAACCAUUUAUGUCUUUUCCAGUGGACAGUAGUUCUGCUGUUGGGCUCUUUCCAAAUUUUAACACAAAAAGAAGAGGCUUAUUUGGGACCAAUAAAUUCUGCCAGAUGGAUCCUGUGCAAAAAGCUGUCAUUAACCACACAUUUGGAGUGUCCAUUCCCCCAAAGAAGAAACAAGUUAUUUCUUGUAAUGUCUGUCAGCUUCGCUUUAACUCAGAUAGCCAGGCCGAGGCCCACUACAAAGGAAGUAAACAUGCCAAGAAGGUCAAAGCACUAGAGGCAACGAAAAAUAAGCCCAAAAUGGUUUCUUCCAAGGACAGCGCAAAGGCUAAUCCCAGCUGCGCCAUCACUCCAAUCACAGGCCACAGCUCUGACAAAUCAGAAGAUAAAGACAAGUUAAAAAUCAGCAGUUCCUGUCAGCCAUCAAGCUGUGAAGGUGGCUCAUUUCUCCUCAAAUCUGGUCCCACACCCCUGCCAUCUGGAGCUGCCACUUCUCCCUCCAAGAGCACAAAUGGAGCUCCAGAGACUGUUUCUGAAUCAGAAGAAGAAAAAGCCAAAAAAUUACUUUAUUGUUCCCUAUGCAAAGUGGCUGUGAACUCCCUGUCACAGCUGGAGGCACACAACACAGGAUCUAAACACAAGACCAUGGUUGAAGCUCGUAAUGGGGCUGGUCCAAUCAAGUCCUAUCCUAGACCUGGAUCAAGAUUAAAGAUGCAGAAUGGCAGUAAGGGGUCAGGACUACAGAACAAGACAUUUCAUUGUGAAAUUUGUGAUGUUCAUGUUAAUUCAGAAAUUCAACUCAAACAGCACAUUUCUAGCCGAAGGCAUAAGGAUCGAGUUGCAGGGAAACCAUUGAAGCCGAAAUACAGCCCUUACAACAAACUCCAGCGGAGCCCAAGCAUUUUAGCAGCAAAACUUGCAUUCCAGAAAGAUAUGAUGAAGCCUUUGGCCCCGGCCUUCCUGUCGUCGCCCCUGGCGGCGGCGGCCGUGUCCUCGGCGCUGUCGCUGCCGCCGCGGCCGUCGGCCUCGCUCUUCCAGGCCGCAGCCCUACCUCCCGCGCUGCUGCGGCCCGGCCACGGGCCCCUCCGCGCCACGCCCGCCUCCAUUCUCUUCGCGCCCUACUAACGCCUGCCCGCCCAGAAGGUGGAAGCAGAAGGAUUCGGCAGGUCAGGCACUUUGUGGCGCAGCGCCCCCACCCCGCCACAAAAUGCAGCAGUGCACCACCGGGCCCGUCUCCAAAGACCAUCCCACCGCUAGAUCCAGAGUGCUCCUAGGGACCGCUUUCAUGACUUAGGAAUCUGAGCGGCACAGGCUUUAUCUUCCUCUUCCCGCCCCCUGCCCUACGCCAUUCAGUUUGUGUAUCUGAGAUACUUGGUUUCUUGCAAAUGUCUUGGUCAGAAAUAUAUAUAUACACACACAUACAUACAGCACUCUCUGACUCUUUUCCCAUGGGUGUGAUCUGGCUUAGAAAUAAUAGGGAAUAUUUUCCUGACAGACUUGAAAACUACGGUCUUCCUCACACGUCUGUAAAUAACUCUGGAAUCCAACUGGGCACAUUCUAGUGUGGAACAAAAAUAGAUGAACACAAGUGCUUACUUGUGGAUACCAUCUCACCAACUGAUCACAUUGUUUUCUUUUUGGUGUACUAUUGUUGACAGGGAUUGUGUACUGUUUUAGACCCAAGUACUGUUGUAUCCUGUGUAGUACUAGAUCUGUAUCUCUUGUCUGAAUAAAACAUUUUUAGUUGCUGUGUAAAUGUUAGGAAGCAAAAUAGCUUUGAAUUUUCUCUUUAAGAGAACAAAAGAUAAUGUAUUUUCUUUAUUUCACAUUUUCUUUGGUGAUAUUUAAAUGAAAUAGAAAGCCAUAUAACAGCUAUAAUUACUACUUGUUUGCUAUUUUUGUUUAACUUAUUUUGUAGCUUCCUCACCAGCUUGAGUUGCUAAGCAAAUGUAUACAAACAGAAAAAGAGCUUCCUAAAUUGCACAUUUUUGCACCUCUUGUGCAUUCUGCAAGAAGACAAUGAAUCCAUGUAUUUCUAUGUAAUUAUCUUCUUUAUUUUUAACCUGUUUUCAUUUGUAAUGAUGCUACAUAAUUUUGUGGCUCCCUAAUGCAAUAAUGUACAGGAGAUUUAAAAAAUUUAUAAUUGAACAAUUUGUCUUUCUGUUCACUGGAUAUGUUGCAGGUCAUGCUCCUGUGCCCCCUUUUCUAAGCUGAUAUCAACAAGACUGGAAUGUUUGUGGCAUCAGGGGAAAAGGUAUCAUAAAACAACACAAUAGAGUGAACAAUUUCAGAGCAUCUCUAUCUGCGAUCUGUAAAUGGUAAAAUGUCUGUGUAUUUUUUUAAAUGUAUCUUUUCAAUAAAAGUACAGAAAGUAAAAAUCUG